AUGACCCAAACCCGAACCUGCACCAAUCCGGCACCAGCUAACGGAGGUGCGCAAUGUACGCGGGGGGACGGAACGACAGGACUGGCUGAAGACAGGACCGAGUCUUGUAACCAAGGCGCCUGUCCGAUAGGUAUCACUGCAGACUUGUCUGACUUGACAUUCUCCGAUAUCGAGAUGGACCAAAUGACCCUGUCCUGGACGGCGUCUGCUGACGUCACACGAUACCGACUCCGUUACCGCCAUGCCGGGGCUUCGUACCAGGACCUGUCUCCCCCGCCAGCACCGAGCGACACCCAGGCCACCGUACGCGGACUGUGGGCGGAUACAGAGUACAACUUCACACUGACUGCGUUUGGAGAGGACGACGAGCAAAUAGGAGAGAUCAGUGGGACAGAGACAACAGCUGAAGUUAUCGUGAACGUGGACUGCCAUGAGGACCACAUGAGCGUGACCUUCCCUAGAGCAGCGCUAAUAGGGGUGGAUGUGGACACCAUGCACCUGUUGAACGACACCUGCCGUGCGACAAUUAGCGAGACGGACCCCCCGGUGGUGACUCUUCGGACCGGUCUGCAGGAGUGCGGGACGACCCAGGAGUCGUCAGAAGACAAACUCAUCUUCAGUAACGAGGCCAUCGGCAGUCCGGUAGUGGAUGCAAGCGGCGCUGUGAGAGGAGCGGCUUUCAGGAAGAGUUUCCAGUGUGAGUUCGUGAGUCAGUUCGUGAUCUCACAGGAACAGAACACCCUCUUCAACAUUCCGCCUUCCAGUGUGCAAGUUGUGAACGGAGAAACCGAGUUCACCUUCGAGAUGCACAUGUUUCCAUCUGCAGACUUCACUGAGACCUACACCUCAGAUGACUACCCUGUGCAGGUGACCCCGUCUGACCAGCUACACUUCGGACUGAGCGUGAACUCUCCUCUGGAUAACCUGGAGCUGUCCGCCCUCCACUGCCUCGCCACGCCAAGUGACGAUCCCGAAGCCUCUCCAAGCGUCAGCAUCAUUCAAGACGGGUGCGACAUCGACACAACACUUCAACUGAACAAUGAACUGUCUGGCGACAUGACCUUGUACUACUCCAUCCAAUCAUUCACCUUCCCCAACGUUGAAGAUCCCAGCCUGGUGUACAUCCACUGCACCAUGGUGGUCUGCUUCAAGGACGACCCGGACUCGCGGUGCAGUCAGGGCUGCAUCCCCGCUACGCGACGCAGGCGCGCUGUGUCUGACAUGAGCGAGGCCCGAGUGCGACGUGCGAGCGAAACGGACGAGACAGUCACCAUCAGCCAGGGACCCUUCAAAGUUGUGAGAGGAGAAAAACAAGCCUCCGCCGUGCCCACUGUCUGCAUCGCUGUCGGGACAGCUGCGGGGAUAGCCGGCGUCCUCCUGAUGGUUGCUGCUGUCUUCCUGGUGAGGAAGAGACGUGGCCGUGACGUCAAGGAGCAGGCCGAGGAUCGUGUCGGUUUUGACAACUACUCGUUCGAGCUCUGGGGAAAGGACAAGGCUGCCAACGCGACCCCCAAACCCGAGUAGUCGUUUUCUGUGUGAGGCUCGAAAUUUCAGCAUGAGCCAUGUUCUAACGUAAA